AUGCGCUUCACCAGAUCAGCUGCUGUGCUGGCAGCAUCGCUUGCAAUCGCAGAGGCCCAAACUUUCACUGACUGCAAUCCUACCGAGAAGAAGUGCCCCGCAGACACCGGCCUCCCCAGCGACGCUUUCAUAUCAGACUUCACAGACGGCAAAGGCGCAUCCACAUCAUGGAGCGCGGCGGCCUACAGCACGAUCAACUACGGCAGCCAGGGUGCAGAGUUCGCCAUCAGUCAGCCUAAGCAAGCGCCAACGAUCGAGACGGACUUCUACAUGUUCUUCGGCCGCGUCGAUGUGAGGAUGCGGGCAGCGGCGGGCACGGGCAUUGUCAGCUCCAUUGUUCUCGAGUCGGAUGAUCUGGAUGAGAUUGAUUGGGAGUUUGUGGGUGGCGACACGGCACAAGUCCAGUCAAACUUCUUCGGCAAGGGCAAUACAACGGCGUACGACCGCGUGGAGUACAUUCCGGUUUCAAAUCCUCAAGAGGAAUUCCACACCUACUCCAUUGACUGGAACUCCGAUCGCUUGAACUGGAUCAUCGACAACAAGAUUGUGCGGACCCUCACUUACGACGACCCUUUGACCGUCGGCGGCAAGAACUACCCACAAACCCCAAUGAGGGUCAAGCUCGGCAACUGGUGUGGUGGUUGCAAGGGCAUGGCUAAGGGGACUGUGGAAUGGUCUGGCGGACCAACGACCUUCGAAAACGCUCCAUACACGAUGUACGUCGAGAGCGUCAGGAUCCAGAACGCCAACCCAGCCGACUCGUACGAAUACGGAGACAUGUCCGGCAGCUGGGAGAGCAUCGACAUCAUCAAAGGCGGCAAGCAGAGCCAACCUAGUGGGGAGGUCACACCGUCCAAGGCGUCGGUGACCCAGACGUCCGCACCAACCAAGGCCCACACUGUCAGCAAGGUCGACAAGACUGAGGCUGCUGUCACUUUGACUGGCAAGUAUACUAUGAACGGCACCAUGACUGGUAGCCACCAGGCCGGCGGCGUUAAGACUUCCGUCGUCCAGGCUACUACACAAGUCCCAGGCGCUCAGCCAACAGACGGCAACUCUCCCGGCGGUAUUUCACCAGGCUCGGGCUCAGGCCCUUCUCCCAGCAGCUCUGCUCCCCCUAGCACUGGCGCGGCUGCUGCACAGGGUGUGAUGGGUUCUUCGCUCGGGCUGGGCCUUCUCUUCAGCUUUCUGUUGUUGUAG